AGCCCCCGGUGCGGCGGAGCAGUCGCGGCCGCCCCGUCCUGAGGGCACCGGCGCCGCCCGCCUCUGCCAGGCAGCGCAGCCCCCGCGUCCGGUUCCAGCUCGCCGUUCUUCUGCCGCUCCGCGCCCUUUUCUCUCGCUCUGUCUCCCGGGCGAUCUCGGCGGGGCCGCGAUGGAAGAGGAGCGGGCGGGCGAGCAGAUGAGACCGUUGCUCACCACGGGUCAUGAUGAAGAAGCUGUUGUGGAUAUGGGCAAAAUCAGCUCUACUAUCAAUACAAAUUUUGAGAAAGAAGAACUAGAGAGCCACAGAGCUGUGUAUAUCGGAGUUCACGUCCCACUUGGCAAGCCAGGCCGUCGACGGCAUAGACAUCGUGGGCACAGGCACCACAGAAGAAAAAGAGAAAAAGAAACUGAUAGAGAGGAUGGCCGAGAAUCUCCGUCAUAUGGUAAGAAGUUUGUUGUGUGUGUUCUUCAUGUCUCCUGAAGAUAAACUUGUAGUAGCUACUCUGUGCUUAAAUGUUGUUUGUUUUGUGCUAUUUAUUUUACUCUCGCUGUAAUUAAUGUCUUUUUGUGUACAAUCAGACAAGGAUUUUGUGGAUGUGUUUUAUCUAAGUCAGAUGCUGUUGGACUUGGUCCAGCUGUCUGCAUGAAUGUUCAGCAGCCUGCACUGAAUAGGUUAGACUAGAGCUUUGUAAUGCUCUCCUGUAGCAUGAAAAUCUGUGUUAUUUAAAUUAGACACCUUUUUUCAGAUUGUGUAGUCGUGUAUGCUUCUUCCUGUGAUUUUUGAAACUAAGCAUGUAGCUGUGAAAAGCAGCAUUUGCCAUGGUAAUUUGAUCAGUGAUCUUAUUUUAUUUAAAUAUUUACUUCAGCCUUCUUGCUGUCUGUUAGUAAAGGAAUUGCAGUGCCUCAUAAGUUUUUGGUUUGGAUCACGAAG